ACGGUUCUCCUACCGGGGUUCCCGCUCUCCCACCACAUCCGAAGCGGCCAAUGGGGGGCCGAGCGGGCGAGGUCACGGCGUCUGAGGGCGGGGCCGGUGACGUAGGUGGGGUCGUGUGAUGGGAGUCGCUGCACUGACGUCGCCGCUCUCAGCUGUUCGCUACAAUGGCAGCCGGGGAGGCCUGAGCGGAGGAGACCCACCGGUUAUUAGACAGGUCGCUGUGUGAAGACGGUCAUGGCGAGCCCAGUGGUGCGUCAAAUUGACAAGCAGUUCCUCGUCUGCAGUAUUUGCUUGGAGCGCUAUCACAUUCCCAAGGUCCUGCCGUGUCUGCACACCUUCUGUGAGAGGUGCCUGCAGAGCUACAUCCCACCGCAGAGCCUGACCCUUUCCUGCCCGGUAUGCCGUCAGACUUCCAUCCUUCCAGAACGGGGGGUGUCCGCCCUGCAGAACAACUUCUUCAUCACAAACCUCAUGGAGGUUCUCCAGCGCAGCCCGGAGAGCGGCCGCCAGGAGCAAAGCGUGCUGCCAGGAGAGGGGCACCCCUCUGGUACCUCACUUUCCUGCCCCAACCACCAGGGCAAGACCAUGGAGUAUUACUGCGGACCCUGCGAGACCGCCAUGUGUGUAGAAUGCACGGAGGGAGAACACCGAGAGCAUUGCACUGUCCCGCUGAAAGACGUUCUAGAGCAGCACAAAGCGUCGCUCCGCAGCCAGCUGGACAACAUCAAGGGCAGAAUCCCUCAGCUGACCUCCGCCAUCGACCUUGUGACUGACAUCAGUCGGCAGCUGAGCGAACGGAAGACCGCUGCCGUCAACGAGAUUUGUACGACAUUUGAUGAGCUGGAGCGAGCCCUGCAGCACAGGAAGAAUACUCUCUUGCAAGACCUGGAGGCCAUCUCUAUCACCAAGCAGAAGGUUCUUCAGGCACAGCUUUCAGCAUUAAGACAAGGCCUAGACAACAUGGAGAGCAGCAUGCGUUUUACGGAACAGGCUCUUGGCCACGGCUCAGAGACAGAAGUUCUCUUGGUGAGGAAGCAGAUGAGCGAGCGAUUGAAUGAAUUGGCUUCUCGUGACUUCCCUUUACACCCUCAGCAGAACCCACAGCUUGAAUUCCGGGUAGAGACUGAUGGCCUCCGCCGAUCCCUCCAGAAUUUAGGGGCCCUUCUUACUACUAGCACCGUGGCUCAUUUCUCAGUUGCAACAGGGGAGGGCUUGCGCCAAGCCUUGGUGGGACAACAAACUUCUGUCACGGUCACUACUAAAGACAAAGAUGGAGAGUUGUUCCGAAGCGGCAAUGCCAUCCUACAAGCUCAGCUGACCAGUCCAGAUGGAGCCACCCAUGACGGGGAGGUGACGGACAAUAAGAACGGGACUUACGAGGUGCUCUACACUCCACGUCAUGACGGAGAGCACCAACUCUCGCUGCGGCUUUAUGGGCAACCACUACGCGGGAGUCCAUUUAAGGUGAGGGCUAUAAAACCUGGGGAUGUGCCGGCCUCACCAGAGGAUGUCAAGCGCAGAGUUAAGUCGCCCAGUGGAGGGCACAUACGACAGAAGGCUGUGAGGAGACCAUCAAGCAUGUAUAGCACCAACAAGAAGAAGGAGAACCCAAUUGAAGAUGAGAUGAUCCUGAGAGUUGGAACCCGUGGUCGAGACAAAGGUGAAUUCUCCAACCUGCAAGGCAUCUGUGCCUCCAGUAACAAUCGCAUUGUGGUUGCAGACAGUAACAAUCAGUGCAUACAGGUGUUCUCCAAUGAGGGCCAGUUUAAGUUGCGUUUUGGGAUUCGAGGACGGUCCCCAGGACAGUUGCAGCGUCCAACAGGUGUGGCUGUGGACACAAAUGGUGACAUCAUUGUGGCGGAUUAUGACAAUCGCUGGGUCAGCAUUUUCUCUCCAGAGGGGAAGUUUAAGAACAAAAUUGGUGUCGGCCGUCUAAUGGGACCCAAAGGAGUAGCCGUAGACCGUAACGGUCAUCUGAUAGUAGUGGAUAACAAAUCCUGCUGCAUCUUCAUCUUCCAGUCCAAUGGAAAACUAGUGGGGAGGUUUGGAGGCCGAAGCCCAGGAGACAAGCAUCAGUCUGGAACACUAGACGGGCCACAUUUUGUGGCAGUUAACAACAAAAAUGAGAUUGUGGUGACGGAUUUUCACAACCAUUCUGUUAAGGUUUACAGUGCAGAAGGAGAGUUCCUCUUUAAGUUUGGCUCGCACGGUGAGGGAAACGGUCAGUUUAAUGCUCCCACCGGUGUUGCUGUGGAUUCUAAUGGGAACAUUAUUGUGGCUGACUGGGGCAACAGCCGGAUUCAGGUUUUUGACAGUUCUGGCUCCUUCUUGUCCUACAUAAACACCAUGGCAGACCCUCUGUAUGGGCCACAAGGUCUGGCCCUCACCUCUGAAGGUCAUGUGGUGGUGGCCGAUUCAGGAAACCACUGUUUCAAGGUGUACCGGUAUCUCCAGUAAUCGAAUUUAGGGACAGGAGACUCAGCUGGCACCAUACCAUACUGUCCUUGCCAUGUCCGAGAUGUCUUCAAGCUCUCUGCCCAGCGCUAUAUUCAGCCCGAAGUGGUGUUUCCUCUUUGUCUGUUCUAAGCCGCCAGUGCCAGCUGCUCGUCCUAGUGCCAGAUGCGAUGUGUACAAACGGCUGUAACCUUCUGUCCUCCUGCCAAAACGGCUCAUUCUUAGCACAAAUGACGUCUAAUGACCUUUGUUGCCCUGCCCAGCUGUUUGUGAGGCUCCCAGGCUUUGUUAAUGUCCCCCCCCCCCAAACUUUUUGCUUGCUUACUAUAUAACCCUGAGGGUCUUGUGCCAGCUCUGCGGUUCCCUGUACUGAGACCUUUUAUGGUCCCAACAAAUCUGCUAAGGACCGCUGCUGAAUGUCAAUCGGUAACAGAGAAUUACGAAACUCUCUGCCAUCUCUGGUCUAUACUUCAUUGUUUACAGGCCAAAGUGGGCACUGACCUACGGACUUUACUUAUCACUGCGCUUUGCAUAACGGUGGUUCAGGGCUGUUCACUGGCUUUUUGCACUCAUGGAUGACUGAGGGAAUCCAUUGGGUCCAACCAAACUUCUAAACCAAUGGAUCUCUCCCCUACAAGGACACUUUGGCCCUGGAUGUCUACAGGAUGGCUGCAGUGGUAAAGGUGGCUGCUUGUGGGGCAAUCCAUUGGGUCCAACCAAACUUCUAAACCAAUGGAUCUCUCCCUUACAAGGACACUUUGGCCCUGGAUGUCUACAGGAUGGCUGCAGUGGUAAAGGUGGCUGCUUGUGGGGCAUUUGCACUGACCGGUUAUGGUUUCUGAUGAACUGAGACUGAAUUACCCCCCAAACGUGACAGGUCCUGGCCGCAAGGUAUAUCGGAGCAGUCCUUCAGGGACCGGUUUCCACAAAUCCACCCUAAUAAGCCAGUAAUACGCACCGGGUCUGUGGCUUUAUACACUUUGUAUCGCAUGGCAUCUCCCAGUGUCUUCUAGGUAGGUGGAGUUCCAAGGUGUUCUCUUCUUCUACCAGGAGAUACAAGGGGAGGGGCUGGGUUUUUGAAUGUAAAUGCCUGAAGGAUAAACAGGGUCUCCCCAGUGUUACAGGG